UAGAACUGCAGCAUGUGUGGUGACCAGACGAGCCGCACACUUCACACAUCCUAACAAGAGUAAUUACACAGGCAAGCGGAGAGUUAGACAGAGACCCAAAGAAGACUCUAAACAGGAGAAGAGAGAGGGGCUCUGGAGAGACUCACAACUCACUUAUAAACAGAAAAAGUGGGAUCUUGCCAUACCAAGUUCAAUUAAGGAUACGUCUUAAUUUAUAUAACAAAAUACUCGGGGUGCAAAAAAAAAAAAUAAUAACUUUCACAAUCUUUGAAUUUUUUCAAAGAGAGAGAGAAAAAAAAUCAUCAGUUGCUUCGUUCAUUGGUGUUAAAGAUGUCAUGUUUCAUGUCACUAUGUCUGUCCGUUUGGGUAGUGCUCAUGAUGCCUGGCAGGACAAGUGCACUGACUGACAACAUCGACGUGAUGGUCAUGUUGCCUCACAACAACACAUACCUGUUCUCUUACCAGAGAGUUUCUCCGGCUAUUGAGUACGCGAUAAAAACCCUCAGCAGUGGAGAGUUCGCUGGAUUGAGAUUCAAUGUACAGUAUGAGAACUCCGCGUGCGGGAUGGACGCUCUGUACGCGCUCGUGGACAAGCAGAAAGACGAGCGUCCCGACCUGGUCCUCGGUCCGGUGUGCGAGUACAGCGCCGCGUCGGUGGUCAGAGUGGCAUCGCACUGGAACAUCCCCGUGAUCUCAGCAGGUGCUCUGGCCACCGGCUUCAGCUUCAAAACCCCCGAAUACUCGCAUAUCACUAGAAUCGCUCCAACCUACCUGAAGAUGGCCGAGACGUUUCAGGCUAUGUUCGGACGUUUCGGCUGGAGAACUGCAUCUUUGAUUUACGACGACGAUAAAGACGAGAGAAACUGUUACUUUACGAUAGAGGGGGUUUACACGGUGCUCUCGGAGUACUACAAAACCACAGAUUACGCCGUGUUAAACUCGCAAGAGGACAGAGUAGAUGCCGACGAGAUCAUCGCGUCCGUCUACGGGAGCGAAGUGGUGAUCAUGUGUGCCAAGGCGGACACAGUACGAGACCUCAUGCUGGCGGCCCAUCGACGAAAAUUAACCAGCGGCAGCCACAUUUUCUUUAACAUCGAGCUCUUCAACUCCUCUUCCUAUGGGGAUGGAUCCUGGAGGAGAGGAGACAAAUAUGACAAUGAGGCCAAGGCUGCCUACAGCUUUCUCAACACUGUAACGUUGCUUAGGUCCACCAAGCCAGAGUUUGAAAACUUCUCCACGGAAAUGAAAAAGUCACUAAAGCAAUCGAACAUCCCUGUCUGUGAACGCUGCAGUGCUGUCAAUAUGUUUAUGGAGGGGUUCCAUGAUGCUUUGAUUCUCUAUGCAAUUGCCUUGCGUGAGGUGAAGAGUAUUGGUCUGACAAAAAAGAAUGGCCUGCAAAUCACCCACAGCAUGUGGAACAGAACAUUUGAAGGCAUUGCUGGUCAGGUGUCUCUGGAUGCCAAAGGUGACCGGAAUGGAGAUUUCUCUGUCGUUAGGAUGACAGACCCAGAGGCAGGAACGCACGAGACUGUCAUGAGCUACUUUGGCACCAAUGGAAGUUUCCAGAUAAUGCCGGGCUUUAAGAGGGAAUGGUUCUCCUUGCGAACAGCACCAGAGCCUCCACAUCCAAAACACAGUGACCCAUCAUCAGGUGGACUAGGUGUAUCGGCAGUGACUGGGAUAAUUGUAGGAGGAAUUCUGGGAACGGCUCUCCUUUUGGCAUUCUACUUCUUUAGGAAAAAUUACAGGAUAACCAUUGAACGGAGAACACCGCGAGAAGAGUGCGAUAUCGGGAAACACCGUCAGUUGCGGGAAGACUCCAUUAGAUCCAACUUCUCGGCAGCGUAGUCUGUAGUCGUAAGUCGACUGCUGGGGUGUUCGAAUUCAGGGAAGGUGCAUCUCAAAUGGGUCUGUGAGCUCAUCAAACACCAUCCCAGGAACCCAGAAAUAUUUAUAGACAUGCUGUAGUGUUUUUUUCCUUGUAAAUGUCUCUUGCUCUUCAAUUCGUAAACUCAGGAAAGUUGAAUUAUUGGAUGAGAAGUGCUCGCAAGGCUUCUUGAAUCUCUAAAGAAAAAGGGUCUUUUUUAUUUAGCUACAGACCUUUUUCUCCCUGCCAAACUCAUCUUGAGGAAAACUCUGUAGAAGCCUGUCAGUUUUGUAGAAAAUGGUCAGCUGACUUGAGUCUGGGUCAGCUGCUGUGUCGAUGGGGAGAAGCGGUUAUGAGAUAUUGAGGACGUAAGAGUGACACUCAGAACCUAAGCUUACUUUAAACUCAACACUCUCACUCAUGUUUCCUUCCUCUUCUUCCUUUAGAGAAUGUCCAGUAGAACACACUGAUAAACAUCCAUUCUUUCUUCUUUGUAGACUGUGUAAAGAGGCACUGAUGAAUACAAAAACUGAUGUGAACUUUAAAAAUGACGUUCCUCUCUGUCAACAUUUAUCAGCAAGCCUUGAUGCAUCAAACCUGGCUUCAUGCUGAAACACUGAACUGCUUUAUUUAUUAUGUUAAAUUCUGAUUUCAUUCAUAGGUUUUAGUCCCACUAAUUCUACUAAUCCAAUAUAAUUUCAGCUCUAUUGAUUUACACUGCUAUGUACAGUAUCAUACACGCUGCUGGGUGCCUCAUGACCAAAUGUUGUCCGACCGGCCUUCACAGUAAUGGCUUCAAGAUUCGAUUGAUAAAACCCCACUUAAAAAAUGUCCAUUCAUGUCAAGAUGUUUGAAAAAAACGUAAAUACAUAAAUCCCUACUAUAGGGUCCACCAUUAGCUUUUUAUGUCAGUUGUCUUGUACAGCUUGCUUAUUGUUAAACAUCACACUUUUUGAAUGCUAGAUAGAGCUUUAAAAAAAAGAUGAUAGACUUAAAUCAUGGCUGAUAUUUCCUCAUUCAUCGUCCUGCACUUUGUUGCAUCCGAGAGGGUGAACUUCAGAGGCAAGCAAUUUCUUUGGUUUAUAAAGAUAGGAGAUUGUCAGGAAGUUACAUAAUAGCUGUAGAAAUUCAUCAAAAAAUGAUUUAUACACAACACAAGCCGGUCUACCUUUCAACAACAGAUUUUGAAAAGCUAUGUUCAAUUUAUAUUGCACAUGUACAUUUUUGAACUUUGUCUUUAGAUUGUCUUUGUUAGGAGGUGGUUAUCAAUAAUCUGUCAGUUUAAUAACAUAUAAACUAUAAUUUUAACAUUUGUGAUGCUUCAGCAAUGAUGAUGAUGUCACAUUUAAAACCAUCUGUAUGGUUUGUGCAUCAAAAAAAAAAAAUAAUCUAGGGUUUUAUUCAGGCUUGGUAUGAUGGCAAUUGUAUACUGAUGUAAGUAAAUGUAUCAACAUAAGAUGUGAUGUUAUUUAUUGAUAUUUUUGUAGAGGUUUCAUUUUCCUUAGUGUUGAUUUUAACAUUGUUUCUUGUGUGAAAUAUACAGAAUCCUUUUUGUAAACCGUAUAUCUGCCUUGUCAGAGCAAAUUUUACCUGUUAAGUAUAUUUACAAGGCUUUGUAAACACUCAGAAGAAUUGUAACUUAUUUAGAUUGAUACAUAUUGACCAAUUAAAAGGAAAUUUUAUGAAAUGAAA